UCGGCUCCGCGCGGCGACUACCGCGGCGCUUCCGCCUGGCCGGCCACGGCCCGGUGUGAACGGCGCCGCAAUGUGGCUGGGCCCGGAGGAGGUGCUGGUGGCCAACGCGCUGUGGGUGACGGAGCGGGCCAACCCCUUCUUCGUGCUGCAGCGGCGCCGGGGCCACGGCAAGGGCGGCGGCCUUACGGGUCUUCUCGUGGGCACCCUGGAUGUGGUGCUGGACUCCAGUGCCCGGGUGGCCCCUUACCGCAUCCUGCACCAGACCCAGGACUCGCAGGUCUACUGGACAGUGGCGUGCGGUUCUUCCCGCAAAGAGAUCACAAAACACUGGGAAUGGCUGGAAAAUAACUUACUCCAGACACUGUCCAUCUUUGACACUGAGGAAGACAUCACCACCUUCGUCAAGGGCAAGAUACACGGCAUCAUCGCAGAAGAGAACAAGAACCUGCAGCCCCAGGGAGAUGAGGACCCUGGGAAAUUCAAGGAGGCCGAGCUGAAAAUGCGGAAGCAGUUUGGGAUGCCCGAGGGAGAGAAGCUGGUCAACUACUACUCCUGCAGCUACUGGAAGGGCCGCGUGCCCCGGCAGGGCUGGCUCUACCUGACCGUCAACCACCUGUGCUUCUACUCCUUCCUGCUGGGCAAGGAGGUGAGCCUGGUGGUGCAGUGGGUGGACGUCACACGGCUGGAGAAGAAUGCCACGCUGCUCUUCCCUGAGAGCAUCCGUGUGGACACCCGGGACCAGGAGCUCUUCUUCUCCAUGUUCCUCAACAUCAGCGAGACCUUCAAGCUCAUGGAGCAGCUGGCCAACCUUGCCAUGCGGCAGCUACUGGACAGCGAGGGCUUCCUGGAAGACAAAGCACUGCCCAGGCCCCCCCGGCCGCACAGCAACAUCUCGGCUCUGAAGCGAGACCUGGACGCUCGAGCCAAGAACGAGUGCUACUGUGCCACGUUCCGGCUGCCCGGGGACGAGCGCCUGGACGGCCACACAGGCUGCACCCUGUGGACCCCAUUCAACAAGCUGCACAUCCCUGGCCAGAUGUUUAUCUCCAGCAACUACAUCUGCUUUGCCAGCAAGGAAGAGGAUGCUUGCCACCUCAUCAUACCCCUGCGGGAGGUGACCAUUGUGGAAAAAGCUGAUAGCUCCAGUGUCCUGCCCAGCCCUCUGUCCAUUAGCACUAAGAGCAAAAUGACCUUCCUGUUUGCCAACCUGAAAGACCGCGAUUUCUUGGUUCAGAGGAUCUCUGACUUCCUCCAGAAAAUGCCAUCCAAGCCGCCAGGCAACAGCAGAGCGGGGAGGAAAGCCAGCAUUGUGGACUCAGCCCCAGAGUCUUCCCCAGCUUCUCAGGAGGUGUCAGAACAGCCUGCCAGCCCGACCUCACCCCUCGGUGGCCUCCAGGGGUCCCAUGCACAGGAGGCUCCAACCGCUUCCCAGGGCCUGCUCAAACUCUUCCAGAGAAACACGCCCAUGGAGGACCUGGGAGCCAAGGGGGCCAAGGAGAAGAUGAAAGAGGAGUCGUGGCACAUCCACUUUUUUGAGUACGGGCGCGGCAUGUGCAUGUACCGCACCGCCAGGACGCGGGAGCUGGUGCUGAAGGGCAUCCCCGAGAGCCUCCGGGGGGAGCUGUGGCUCCUCUUCUCUGGGGCCUGGAAUGAGAUGGUGACUCACCCUGGCUACUAUGCUGAGCUGGUGGAGAAGUCCACAGGGAAGUACAGCCUGGCCACGGAGGAGAUCGAGCGAGACCUCCACCGCUCCAUGCCCGAGCACCCUGCCUUCCAGAAUGAGCUCGGGAUCGCUGCACUCCGCCGGGUGCUGACUGCCUACGCUUUCCGAAACCCCACCAUUGGCUACUGCCAGGCCAUGAACAUCGUCACCUCAGUGCUCCUUCUCUAUGGCAGCGAGGAGGAGGCAUUCUGGCUGCUGGUGGCCCUCUGUGAACGCAUGCUGCCCGACUACUACAACACCAGGGUGGUUGGGGCCCUGGUGGACCAAGGCAUCUUCGAAGAGCUCACGAGAGACUUCCUGCCCCAGCUCUCCGAGAAGAUGCAGGACCUGGGGGUGAUUCCCAGCAUCUCGCUCUCCUGGUUCCUGACCCUCUUUCUCAGCGUCAUGCCCUUUGAGAGCGCUGCGGUCAUUGUUGACUGCUUCUUCUACGAGGGCAUCAAGGUGAUCCUGCAGGUGGCCUUGGCCAUCCUGGAUGCCAACAUGGAGCAGCUACUGGGCUGCAGCGACGAGGGCGAGGCCAUGACCGUCCUGGGCAGAUACCUGGAUAAUGUGGUCAAUAAGCAGAGUGUCUCUCCUCCUAUCCCACACCUCCAUGCCCUGCUGACGAGUGGAGAUGACCCUCCUGAAGAGGUGGACAUCUUCGACCUCCUGAAAGUAUCAUAUGAGAAAUUCAGCAGCCUGAGGGCCGAGGACAUUGAACAGAUGCGGUUUAAACAGAGGCUGAAAGUGAUCCAGUCCUUGGAGGAUACGGCCAAGAGGAGUGUGGUUCGAGCUAUACCUGGGGACAUUGGUUUCUCAAUUGAAGAGCUGGAGGACCUUUACAUGGUGUUUAAGGCCAAGCAGCUGGCGAGUCAGUACUGGGGGAGCAGCCGCCCUGCAGCUGUGCGUCGGGACCCCAGCCUGCCCUACCUGGAGCAGUACCGCAUCGACACGAACCAGUUCCAGGAACUCUUUGCCAGCCUGACACCCUGGGCCUGUGGCUCCCACACAUCUGUGCUGGCGGGGCGCAUGUUUCGGCUCCUGGAUGAAAAUAAGGACUCGCUGAUCAACUUCAAGGAGUUCGUGACAGGGAUAAGUAGGAUGUACCAUGGGGACCUGACAGAGAAGCUCAAGGUGCUCUACAAGCUGCACUUGCCUCCAGCCCUGAGCCCAGAGGAGGCUGAGUCAGCCCUGGAAGCGACCCAUUAUUUCACUGAGAACAGCUCCUCAGAAGCAUCUCCUCUGGCCUCCGACCUGGACCUUUUCCUGCCCUGGGAGGCUCAAGAAGCACUACAGCAGGAAGAGCAAGAGGGAGCUGGAAAUGACAUCCAAGAAAAAAGAAGAGGUGUAUAUAUAGGCCAACAUCUGCUGAUGCUGGUAGAGGUCUCAGGAUGGAGAUUAAUUUUUUUCUCCCAACUCGCAGAGGAGAAGGGAACCAGCCCUCCUGACUAUCGGCACUACCUUCGAAUGUGGGCCAAGGAGAAAGAGGUUCAGAAGGAGACGAUUAAGGAUCUUCCCAAGAUGAACCAGGAGCAGUUCAUAGAGCUGUGCAAGACGCUUUACAACAUGUUCAGCGAAGACCCCAUGGAGCAGGACUUGUACCACGCUAUCGCCACGGUGGCCAGCCUGCUGCUCCGCAUUGGGGAAGUGGGGAGGAGGUUCUCUGCAUGGUCGGGCAGAGGAGAGUCCAGGGACAGUGCCCCUGAGGAGGGCGAGCCGCCAGCCCCACACCCCCCUCAAGACGUGGCCCAGGAGCUUCAGCCGCCAGCUGCAGGGGACCCCCAGGCCAAAGCGGGUGGAGACACCCACCUUGGGAAAGCACCGCAGGAGAGCCAGGUGGUGGGCGAAGGGGGCGGCGGUGAGGGGCGGGGCUCCCCCCCCCAGCCUCUGUCUGACGAUGAAACCAAAGAUGACAUGUCCAUGUCCUCGUACUCAGUGGUCAGCACGGGCUCCCUGCAGUGUGAGGACCUGGCUGAUGACACAGUGCUGGUGGGUGGGGAGGCCCACAGCCCCGUGGCCACCACUCACAGUGGGGGUGCUGUUGAUACAGACUGGUGCAUCUCCUUCGAGCAGAUCCUGGCCUCCAUCCUGACGGAGUCCGUGCUGGUGAACUUCUUUGAGAAGAGGGUAGACAUUGGACUCAAGAUCAAGGACCAGAGGAAGGUGGAGAGACAGUUUAGCACCUCCAGUGACCAUGAGCAGUCUGCAGUUUUGGGCUGAGGGCUCCAAGGCCUGGGGGCUGGCCUCUCUCUCCUCCCUCCCUCCCGUUCUGUUUUCUCUUGAAGGACACACCCCUCCAGUUCUCCCCAGAAGCAGUGAGUUGUAAAUGGAAAGAAGGCUGAACAGUCGCAGUUGGGACCUAGGCAGGGGCUCCCCACCCCCUCGUUCUGCCUUGGACCUCCUGGCCCCUGCAUAGUGUCAGGGGCUCUCUGAUCUGCCCUUGCUUGCCCUGCACUGUGGCCAGGCCACACCCUGUCCUCCACCUCCUCUUCUGCAGCUGCGUGCUCCGGGGGCUUUCCUGCCACUUGGCGCCAGGUAGGGGGGUCGAGUGCCUAUUGGGCACCAAAGUGGUGAGAACUUCGAGAUGCUCUCCAGAAGCCCCUGAGCCUGAGCUUCUGGCUGGGGGACAUGGGCAGAAAGCAUCUGCUGCACCAGGGUGGGUGCCGCCUGCACAGGCGUUACUCUCAAUUCUCUUUCAGCUCAUCAUCCUCACCAUUAACCUUAAAAGCAUAUCCCUCAGGUCCUGAUAUAUUUCCUUGUAUUCAUUUCAGUUGGCUAAAAAUCACACUAUGCUCAAUGCCUUAAUAAAUCCCUGAAAGAACUAAAAACUA